AUGACCACAGACAACAAGUCUCAUGGGCUAUCCCCAUGGGAAUGGAUCCGGGGCCAAUUUUAUAUGAGACCACCUGAAGAUGACGAGCCACAGUCAUGGUGGAUUGCGUCGACGGCCAUUCCGCUGGUUGCCGCUACAACGGGACCACUCGCCAAUGUCAUGUCAAUCGUUGCGCUUGUUGUGCCAUGGCGAAGCAAAAUUCUUUCGUAUGAAGAAAGCGCUGCUGGAACUUUCAUUCAAGAAGGAUAUCCGGACCCUCGUUGGGCUACUGUCCUGAAUGCCGUUUCACUUUUCUGCGGAAUCGUGGGCAAUGCAUUUUUACUGUUCAACUUUACCCAGAUAGUCCGCUAUAUUAUAGCUUUGCCUGUGACGAUCAUUUUGUGGUUCAUGGCCGCGGGAAUCCUGUGUGGAAUUACGAUAGCCACAGAUAUCUAUGCUCCUCCCGUAGGCAUUGAUCGGGUCUACUCGCAGGCUUAUUGGAGUGCCAUCAUUGCGGCAGUCCUUUACUUUAUCUUGAGCGUCAUCUUGAUGAUCAACAUGCUGGGCUAUUUCCUGGGUAAAUACCCGCAACAUUUCGCGCUUACCGACGAGCAACGAACCUUGAUUUUACAAAUGACUGUAUUGGUUGUUUGGCUGUUAAUUGGCGCAGCUAUUUUCCAACGUGUCCUCGGCAUCUCUUUCGCCGAUGCAUUGUUCUUCUCCGAUGUCACCGUUCUCACAUUAGGGUAUGGCAACAUAAUUCCCAUUGAUGCCGUCGGGCGAGGUCUCAUUUUGCCAUAUGCAGUCAUUGGAAUUAUCAUUCUGGGACUGGUUGUGCAAAGCAUCUUUAAAUUCGCUCGCGAGGUUCACUACGACAAUGUUAUUCGGAAACACAUUGAACAGAAGCGGCAAUCCACUUUCGAGCGAUCAGUCGAUUUUAACGAGCUCGAACCUACUCAAGAGAACCCCCCAACUAAUGGAGAAGUUAUCACUCCUCCGGGUCUCACUCUCCCAAAAUCCGAGCCUCAUCGCCAUCUGCAUCGUCGGCCAAUUCGCAACACGAUCAACGCCCUUACCACGGUUCGCCGACCCAAGAUCCUUAUUAUGCGUGAAGAAAAAGAUCGGUUUGAUGCUAUGCGCCGUAUCCAACACGACACUAUGCGCUUCCGUCGCUGGAACAAUUUGAUCAUCAGCAUCGUUAUAUUCGGAAUUGUGUGGUCCUGCGGAGCAGUGGUGUUCUGGAAAUUGGAAACCAUGACCUACUUUGAAUCACUCUACUUUUGCUUCACCUCCCUGCUAACCAUUGGCUAUGGCGAUUUCACACCGGAGUCGAAUCCAGGAAGACCUUUCUUUGUGGUAUGGUCUCUAAUCGCCAUCCCAACCAUGACCAUGCUCAUUUCCGAGAUGACCGACACAGUCGUCGCCGGCUUCAAGCGCGCCACUGAGGUAGUCGCCGACUACGUCGUGCUUCCUCAAUCCCGCGUCUACAAGACAUGCUUAGUUCGGAUUCCCGGCAUUGCCCAGUUCGUACUGUCUCGCCAAGAGAAAAAGCGGCAAGAGCGCGGUUUCCCACUUGAGGGAGCUGAUGAUCCCGAGAGCGGGGAAAGAGGGCACACUGAGGAUAGUCAAUCUAAUACUGGAAGCGACGACUUAGCCGAGGCUCAUCCGCACCAAAGCCUCGAGGAACUUGUUCGCGAACCGACCACACUUGAGCUUACCCAGCAACUUGCCUUUGCUAUUCGCCGCACCUCAAAACAGGCACGAGAAGGAAAGCAUAAACGAUACUCCUAUGAGGAAUGGGUCGAAUUUACCCGGCUCAUUCAGUUCACGGAUCCGCGAGCUCGGCCACCCUCACUGAGAAAUCAGCCGACAAGUGAGGAAAUUCUUGCCAAUGAUGAAGAUGAAUUUGGACUUCUCAAUUGGGAUUGGAUUGGUGAGAACAGUCCCAUGCUGGCAAAACAGACAGAGCCUGAGUGGGUUCUGGAUCGGUUGUGUGAAAGCUUGAUUCGGUACGUGUCGACUCAAGACAGUCCGGGUGUGGGAGGUGGUGCCGAUUCGACGGAGGAGCCAACUCUGAGGAAAGAGAGAGAUAUUGGUAUGGAUGAAUGA